AAUGGCACAUGGUAUUCAAAUUUCCCCUGGCAAUACUAUUAAAACGUUAACUAAUCAAACUGCGCUUGAAUGUGGUAUACAAUGUCUAAAAGAUACUACUUGCCAGUGUUUUUCAUAUAAUAAAUCUAGUGAAACUUGUGCAUUUAAGAGUAAAAGAUGUAAACGUACUUCUGUCGAUUUUACUAAUAUUCUUUAUAAUAAAAUAGCUGAAAACGAAGUAACAUGUUAUCCUCUAAAUUGUGGUGAGAUUAGGGUAUCACACAGUUCUGAACCAAGCUCCUGUAAACAGUAUUGCAAAGAUAACACUAAUUGCGAUUUCUACAAUUAUAAAGAUGAAGCCUGUCAUCUUUUCAACGAAGAUUCUUGUGAUAUUACUGAUCCUGAUAAACUUAAUAGCCCCUUGGAGUACCGUUGUAUUCCUAAUCCAAUCUUCAGUGAUGAAAUGAAAAGAACUGGUCCUAAACUCCGGAAAAUAAUCGAUACGGAAGACGCUACAUGCAUUAAAAUGAAUACUUCUACAUCUUUCAAUUUACGAAUACCUUGGCCAUCUUUAUCACCAACUCUUAAUUUAAAUAAUACAGCAUUUAAAGUAAACAUCACUGGAAAGAAUUUAAAGCAAUGUAUUAGAAUAAAUGAAGGUAUACAUGGUUCAGGAUCUGGUAUUCUUGCCUUUGUACCUUUUACUGAACAGGUUGUACCUACUUUUGAAGGAAAAUUUUACGGAUGCGAUCUGAUAUUUGGUGAUGAUAGUACUGUUUGUACUUACACCUGUUCUUUCAAUGAUAAAAUUCUCCAAGCAGUUCAUAUCAAAGCGUUUGCAGUUGAUGAAGAUGACAUGGAAAUCUGUAGUUAUAAAAUCACCAAUUAA